UACGUAAAUAUCGCGCGACGUCCUCACUACUACUUGGGGGUGAACAACACACAGCCCGAUUUAACUACUUUUACACUACGCUGAUUACUUUAAUCGUUCAAGGAUUUCCGUGUGGUAAAAUACAUAAAGCUACUUUAGGAUUAUGUUGUGGUUUUAGCUCUCGUAAAUCAGAAGCCGCCAUGUAUCACAACAGCUCUCAGCGAAAGUACUGGAUCUUCAAAAGUGAGGCUGAACUUGAGCAGAAAAGAUGCAGUGCCAAUGAGGCAUUUCGUAAAAAAGUCAUAGAAAGUGGGAAGGCAGGUAUGUAUGAGUCCAUGUUCUUGAAACGGAACGAAGAAGACGUUUUAUUCCGCCAUUAUGAGAGGAGACUCCUGGACUUCUGCAGCGCUUUUAAGCCUCCAAUGCCCAAGUCUGUUGUGGGCACUGCCAUCAUGUACUUCCGGAGGUUCUACCUCAACAACUCUGUUAUGGAGCACCACCCAAGGAUCAUCAUGCUGACGUGUGCAUACCUGGCCUGCAAAGUGGACGAGUUCAACGUGUCCAGCACCCAGUUUGUGGGCAAUCUCCUGCAUGAGACGCCAGCUGGACAAGAACGGGUUCUUCAGCAAAUCCUGGAGUAUGAACUGCUGUUAAUCCAACAACUCAGUUUUCAUCUCGUGGUCCACAACCCCUACAGACCGCUAGAGGGUUUGCUCAUCGACCUCAAGACUCGCUAUCCUGCACUGGAGAACCCAGAGUCACUGAGGAAGAGUGCUGAUGACUUUCUGACCCAGGCGGUCAUGACGGAUGCCGGACUGCUGUGUUCUCCCUCUCAGAUCGCUCUGACAGCUAUUCUGAAUAGCGCUUUAAGAGCUGGCCUCAGCAUGGAAAGCUACCUGACUGAGUGCUUGGGACUGAAAGACGACAAAGAUUCCCUCUCAAAGAUUUUCGACUUAAUGAGGCGAACAAAAAGCCUCCUCAAGAAGUAUGAGCUCCCCAAAGCAGAGGAGGUGAACGUUUACAAACAGAAGCUGGAGAGGAUUCAUGCAGAGUUUAGCAGUUCAAGCAAUAAACGAAAGAAAGGCUAUGAAGACGACGGCCAUGUAGCAAAAGAGGCACGACUAGAAGAGGAAUGGACUGAUGAAGAUCUCUUAUGAGGAUUACGCAUCUGUGGCAUCAAGUAUUCACAUUAUUUUCUAACCUGAUUCUAUUACAAAUGCAGUUUGAGUUUGUUUGUUGGUCCUUUUUUUGCACAAAGAAUAAAGUUUUUCUUAAUCGUU